CUUGGGCUGCGGAGCUCGGCCACCGCCUGAGGCAGGCGCACCCCACCCCCAUCCCCGCCCGGCUGUGCCGCCCGCGGCUCCCCGCUGGCAGCCCCGGGGCCGGCCGUGCCGCUCGCAGGCCCACGGGGGAGGAAGGGCCGCGGCGGCUCCUGCCCCAGGAUCAGCGGCCGCCGGCCAAGGUGGGUGGGCGCACCCCGUCCGGGACGGCGGGCGGCAGCUCCCGGCCGAUCGCUCCUGCGGGCCGGGGCCUGCCCACCCCCUCUGGCCGAGCGGCGGCGGCGAGGCGCGGCGAGGAGGGGCGUGCGGCGGGGCGGCCAGCGCAUGGCGGCCCUCGGCAUCGCCCGCUGCCGCUGACCGCGCCGCCGCGGCUCGCCGAGGCCUUCCUGGCUCUCUGAAGGCUGAACUUGUUGGAUCUACCGGGUACUCCUGGAAAAAACUUCGGCCAGGAAAUAACAGGCUUAAAGCGCGGCCACUUUCCUCAGCGCUUUUCGACCGCCUGGAUACUUACUGCACCUGGAGAUCAGUCAUUCCACGUUAGAAUGUCUACGCUGACCUUCCAUUAGGUUGCAGUUCAUCUCAAGAAGUAGGAAGAGGACAGAAAAGAAACGUGGCUUGUUCUAGCAUUGACGGGUACUUCAGAAUCACUUUCUUCUCACAGAAAAUGAAGCUUCUGAAUGGGAUCUCUGGUCUUACAGAAGACCUUAGGUGGUCCUGUCCACAGAAAGAAAUUGCUGCGGCAUGCGUGCUGUGAGAAUGGAUUUGGAAAUACAGAUUGCAGAUGAGUGAAAAUGGUGAGCAGAGAGCCACAUCACAUAUUCUGUAGCUGAAGGAAUUCUGAAGCUGGGCUUUUUCAGUCACCUUUAAGAUUGCCUUCUUAUGGUGGCAGUGCAUGGUGUUUGAAAUGGAUAUGAUGGAGCUCCUAGAGGAAGAUCUCACCUGUCCCAUUUGCUGUAGCCUGUUUGAUGAUCCUCGUGUCCUGCCCUGUUCACACAAUUUCUGCAGAAAGUGUCUGGAAGGAAUUCUUGAGGGAAAUGUGAGGAAUGUCCUUUGGAGACCAUCCCCUUUCAAGUGCCCCACGUGCAGGAAGGAAACUCCUGUUACUGGAGUCAACAGCUUGCAAGUCAACUAUUCCCUGAAAGGUAUCGUGGAGAAGUACAACAAAAUCAAAGUAACUCCAAAAAUGCCUGUGUGCAAAGUGCACAGCGGGCAACCCCUUAACAUUUUUUGCCGGACAGACAUGCAGCUGAUCUGCGGGGUUUGUGCCACCCGUGGUGACCAUACAAAGCAUCUUUUCUGUUCUAUUGAAGAAGCUUAUUCCCAGGAGAAGCGGGCUUUUGAAACCCUGUUUCAGGGCUUUGAAACUUGGCGUUGUGGAGAUGCCCUCUCACGGCUGGAUACCUUAGAAACCAGUAAGAGGAAAGCUUUGCAGAUGCUGACCAAAGAUUCUGACAAAGUGAAGGAGUUCUUUGAGAAGCUGCAGCACACACUGGAGCAGAAGCGAAAUGAGAUUCUCUCUGACUUUGAGACCAUGAAGCUUGCAGUGAUGCAGGCCUACGAUCCGGAAAUCAAUAAACUGAACACAAUUCUGCAAGAGCAACGGAUGGCUUUUAACAUUGCAGAGGCCUUCAAAGAUGUGUCUGAACCCAUUAUAUUUCUGCAACAGAUGCAGGAGUUCAGGGAAAAAAUCAAGGUGCUCAAAGAAACUCCUUUACCUUGUUCCAGUGUGGACAUCACCCCUACAAUGAAGAGCUUUGAUACCAGCCAGUGGAAUGGAAUAAAACUAGUUGAUGUGGACAAACUUUCCUUGCCUCAGGAAAACAACACUCUUAAAUUCAAGAUUCCCUCAGUCUUUUCACGAAGAUUUAUAGUGAACUCUCUUAUUUGCUUGCUUAUUCUUGCUGUCACCAGAAUGUCCUUUGUGGAGUCAGUCGUUGACAAUCUACAGUGCUGGAAGUCUCAGUUCCUUACAAUUAGCUUGUCCUACUUGGCAGAUACAGUGGAGAUAGCAGAUCAUGCAGUCUUCUACUGGGAACAGAUGACAGAUGGAGCUUCACUUCUAAGAGAAAAGUGUAAGAACUAUACAUUGGUUGUACUGGAUAAUGUUGCACAGUUUGUGUGCAAAUAUAAACUGUUGUGAAGUCCCUGCUGAAAUAAAAGAACUAAGAGAGAUCUGGUGAAGAAGACAUAGAACUUUUAAAAAUUAAUUUUUUUUUAAGACUUCCAGUGAAAAACAUUCAGAGAUUCAAAGUGUUUCCAAAACAUUUAUACUGUUCCUAUAGUUUGAGCGCUGAUAAACUGGAAGAUGAAGUGGAGCUUUGAAAAUCA